GAGCUUGAGCCACGCCCCUCAGGACUGCGGUCACGCUCCCUGACACUGCCGCGGGAGCAGCUUUUUCCCCUCUCUCUCCCCUUCGCGGCAACGCUGCGCCAUGACGUCACACGGCUCGGCGUAACCCCUCUCAUCAGGGCUGCAGCGACAACAACAAGGAAGUGAUUGAGCGAGAAGAGUCGUCUCUGCCGCCGCCGAUAAAACCAGCCGCCACCGGAACCUGCCGUAGUCGAGUGAACCGUCCUUUCCCUUCACUUCUGUUCGACGCCGCCAUCAUGAACAGCAAAGGUCAAUAUCCUACACAGCCUUCCUAUCCAGUCCAGCCUCCUGGUAAUCCUUCUGUGUUCCCGCAGACCAUACAACUUCCUCAGGCACCACCUUACACUGAGGCCCCUCCUGCUUACUCAGAACUUUACCGCCCAAGUUUUGUGCAUCCUGGAGCUGCUACUGUCCCUACCAUGUCUGCGGCCUAUCCUGGUGCUUCACUGUACCUUCCUAUGGCUCAGUCCAUGGCUAUGGGUCCAAUGGGUUCUUCCGUUCCAGUGGCUUUUUAUCCCGUGGGCCCUGUCUAUCAUCCUGGGUCCACUGUUCUUGUGGAAGGUGGCUUUGAUGCUGGAGCAAGGUUUGCUGCUGGUGCUCCUACUAAUAUUCCUCCCCCGCCUCCUGGCUGUCCUCCCAACACAGCCCAGCUCGCCGUCAUGCAAGGCGCCAACGUGUUAGUGACGCAACGGAAGGGCAACUUCUUCAUGGGGGGCUCUGAUGGCGGUUACACCAUCUGGUGAAGGAAAGUUGGGGGGGCUACAUUGGUGUAAAGGAACGACAUCACAUACUGUCAGCACUUCUCACAAUGUAACCGCUUUAGUCGUAUUAACCUGGAGUUGCAGUUUAGACACAUGAUGAUGCGGGGUGUCUUCCUGGUGCCCUGACCCUUCAGGCACUUUUUUCUUUUAAAAAUAAACAAAACAAAACAAAGCAAACUUCAAAUACAAAACCAUGCAAUGGUAGGAGUGCCUCUCUUAAACCUUGGGGGCUGAAUUGUGAAAUGAACGUGAGUUUAGCAGCCCUGCAUAUUUCCCUUUAAUUCCACUGGAGAGUGCUUCCACUGCAGCACUGUCUCUUUCGUUGGCUUUUAUUAAUCAACUAUAUAUAUAUAAAACAAACAAACAAACCAGGUUUGGGGUGGGGGUGGGGAAGAUGUGGAAGUUUGGAAGAGAACCUGGCUUCCAAGAAUCAAACAUAUAAAGCUUGCAGUUAUAUCUGUUGCCAAUGAAUAGGACUGAGAUAAUGCAUCUUCUUUCCUCUUCCAUAGAAUCAAUGGUGCUGGGGAGAAAGCUAGUCAGAUGUAAUUUCUUUGUCAGAGGGCACCCCUGUUCGAUGCCUGUUGGAGGAGUGGGGCGGGAUGUGGGGGGACCUGGUUCUCUUUCUGAUCCCCUUGACCAGUUCCUUCUCCUCACCUUUGCUCUCUGUUCCCUUGCUAGGAAGAUAUGCAGCGCUAGAGCAUUGGCCCGGGAUGUUCUUUUUAUACACUCUUAAGUGAUCUUGGACUCCUUUGCACAUUAAGAAUCUAACUGAAGCCAUGUUUCGGUGCCAGAAACACAACAUUUCAUUAAAUGCUUCCUGUACUUUUCAAAAACAAAAACACCUGAGAGCUUAAAAUGAAACCAUUUUUUUAAGGGGGUGGGGGGAAAGCAACCCGGUGUCUUGAUGAAACUCUGUAUGGAAUGCUAUUCAGGCUAGAGAGACAGGAAUGUCUGGUGGAUGUCAGUCAACGUGCAAGUUAGCUGGGUUUGAUGGUUGGUUUGUUUUUUGUUUUUUAAUUUAGAUGCAAACUUUUAAAAAGUGACUUGGGUACAAUGAAGUCUUAUUAGGGUUAAGAAGAAUAUUUCAGGGAUCCUCAAUCUUUUUUGUUGUUGUUGUUGCUUUUGUUUUUAUGAAUUAAAAAAAUUAUCAGAUUUGGUGAAUAUAUUUUAUCUUAAUUUUCUGUGUGUUGUAUGUGUCAUGGUCAACCAUACAGCUGACUGUUAAUGAAAGGAUGGGAUUCUAGGUCUCUCUGUAAACACUGUGGUGCACUUAACUUGUGGACUUUUUAUACUAAAAACAAGUAGAAUAAAGGCUAUUUUGAAAAUUUGAAUAAAGUGACAGAGUUGAA